GUAAAAGGAACUGAGGGUGAGCAGCGAGCACGAGACCAGCGGGGACAGAUACCUACAGAGGACACCAGAGAUGGGAUAUCUGCGGGGAGCCGUAAUCUUCUGGCUUUAUAUGUCAGGGGAGAGCCUGGGGAGCUUCCUCUCAGCGGAGCUGUGGAAGGAAAAGGGCGCUGCGUGCACUGGUGAAUAUGUGACCCCAGGCCCCGCGUCUACACAAAGCACCACAACUCCACAAUGCAUUGAAUGUCCUAAAAAGACUACGACACACAGCACAACUCAACAUACUACCCAUACAACCACACCGCACACAACCCAACAUACUAACCACACAACCACACCGCACACAACCCAACAUACUAACCACACAACCACACCGCACACAACUCAACAUACUAACCACACAACCACACCGCACACAACUCAACAUACUAACCACACAACCGCACCACACACAACCCAACAUACUAACCACACAACCACACUGCACACAACCCAACAUACUAACCACACAACCACACCGCACACAACCCAACAUACUAACCACACAACCACACCACACACAACCCAACAUACUAACCACACAACCACACCGCACACAACCCAACAUACUAACCACACAACCGCACCACACACAACCCAUCAUACUAACCACACGACUACACCACACACAACUCAACAUACUAACCACACGACUCAGCACCAUACCACAAAUCCUCACACAACACAACACCCCACCCCGGCACCCUCAUCCAGUGAGUACGUUGUUAAUGGCACAUCAGGUGUCUGCCUGAGGAUGAGGGCGGCCUUUAAAAUAAAGAUCAAUGGGACGAAGAAGAUGGACGAGAUUGUGAUCCCGGCACCACCCAGCACACAGGCCUCUGGGAACUGCUCCGGGCAGCAAGCGCAGCUGACGCUCACCUAUCCGAGAGGACAACUCAUCCUCACCUUCAGACAGAAUGAGACGGACAAGAACUUCUACCUGGGAGCAGUGAAUAUAACAGUGGACAUAGCAGGUUCUGAACAAUUUAGCAAUACACAUCUAAGAUAUAUGGUCACCCCCCUGGGACGCUCUUUCUCCUGUGAAGAAGUGGACUUGGAGGUGACCCCUAAAGUGCAGUUUGUGGCUAUGGAUGUCAGGGCUCAGGCCUUCAAACUGCAAGGAGGAAACUAUGGUAAAGAGCUGAAGUGCAGCGAUGGCCCGCCUAAUAUGACGGUGCCAAUCGUCAUCGGGGUCAUCCUUCUGGUGCUGGUCUUGGUAGUGGUUCUCGCUUACGUUAUUGCCCGUCAGCGGAGUCAUGGAGGCUACCAAACGCUAUGAAAAUGACAUAAACCUGCUGCAAAAACUGAAUAAAACGCACGUUCCUCCCCA